AUGUCAUCUGAGACAGGCUCUUUCUCUGCGCCACCGCAGGUUCACACCUUUGACGGUGUUUUGUCUGAUUUUGAUGGCACAAUUGUGGAUUCUACAGAUGCUAUCGUGAAGCACUGGCAUGAAAUCGGUAAAGAGCUGGGUGUGGACCCCAAGACUAUUCUGGCUACCUCCCAUGGCCGGAGAAGCAUUGACGUGAUGCAACUUUACGACCAGAGCAAGGCCAACUGGGAGUAUGUCAACUUCGUCGAAGGCCGAAUCCCCCAGCUGUACGGCUCUGACGCCGUCGAGAUCCCAGGUGGCCGUGACCUCCUUGACAAACUCGAAAGCUCCGGGGCCAAAUGGGGUGUCGUGACUUCGGGCACAUCCGCCUUGAUUGAUGGCUGGCUCGGCGUUAUGAAGCUCGCCAAGCCAAAGAUUCUUGUCGUCGCGCAGGACGUGGAGCUCGGCAAGCCGGACCCCCGAUGCUACCUUCUCGGUCGCCAGAAGCUGGGACUCGAACACUCGACAUCCAUUGUGGUUUUGGAAGACGCACCGUCAGGAAUCAAGGCGGGCAAGGCAGCGGGUUUCAAGGUGAUUGCGUUGAAAACAACUCACUCGCUUGAGAAGCUCCAGGCAGCUGGCGCGGAUUGGAUUGUGGAGGACUUGCGCAGUGUUUCGGUGAAAAGUGUUGUUGAUGGGCGGGUCGAACUUGAGAUCUCAAACGCUUUCCAAUAG